AUGGCUGUUUCGCCUGCAGAGAUCGACUACAAUGUCAUCAAUCCGUCCAACAAAUGGCGGAUGCUUCGCGUUCAGUGGCGUUACGGCCUCUGGGCACUUUGGACGUCCAUCGGCUCCAUGAUGCUGGGAUUUGACUACGUCAUUGGCAGCCAGCUGGCCGCUCUGUCCGAAUUCCAGAAAUUUUUCGGCGUACAACAGCCUGACGGUAGCUGGAUCAUUCCUGCGACAUACCUGUCCGCCUGGGGCGCCAUCGGCCUGGGUUGCGAUGUGAUUGCCUCUUGGCUUGCGGCGCCUCUGCUGGAGAAGUAUGGCCGAAAGCCGCUCAUCCUCUUUUCGGCUUUCGUCUCCGUCGUUGCCAUUAUCCUCCAGCAGCUGGCUACGAAUUGGCGCGUCCAUCUCGCUGGCCGCGCUGUCAACGGCAUUGCCAUCGGCAUCAUGUUUACAAUUUCCCCGCUAUGGAUUGGCGAGACGUGCCGCCCGGAACUGCGCGGUUUCUGGCUGUGCUUUUUCAACACCAGUAUCAUCUGGGGACAGAUGCUUGUGGUCAUCGUGGCUCGGGCAACCAGCUCGCUCGAUACCAAAUGGCAGUGGUGGAUCCCCGUGAUCUGCAUGUACAUCUAUCCAUUCAUGCUCAUCGUCGUCUGGCCCUUCUUCCCCGAGUCUCCGUACUGGCUGGUACGCGAAGAAAAGUACGAUGCGGCACGAAAGUCUCUCGAGCGAAUGUACGGCUUCGAGAACCCCGAGUUCUACGACAUCGAGAUCCGGCGCCUGCAGGAAGACGUGCGUCUUUGCGAAGAGAUGACAGGCACGAGCAAGUCCCAAAAGUUGAUAUUCGGCUUCCUUCCAUCGCCAACCGCCGAGCUGCAGUGCUUCGACAAGCAGAACCGAAAGAGGACAUUGACGGCGAUUUGCGCAGCCAGCUCGCAGCAAGUCAUUGGUGCCGCCUUUGUCAUCGGAAACGCAACCUACUUCUUGGAGCUCCUGGGUGUCAAGCAGUUCUUCGACGCGUCCGUGGUACUCUACAUCAUCAUGCUUCUGUCCUCUGCCGCCGCCUUCCCUCUGAGCGAGGUGGUGGGUCGCCGUACACUGAUCGUCCCGUCGCAAUUUCUGCUCUGCUUUUUCCUGCUGCUCAUUGGAAUCAUGGGUUGCGUCCCUAACCAAGCCAAAGCGGGCUGGGCGAUUGUGGUCUUCAUCUACCUCUGGGCCAUCGUCUAUCAAGUCAGUAUCGGUGCCACGGGCUUCGUACUGGCGAGCGAGGUAGCCACGCUGCGACUUCGCGCCGUCACGCAGGCGUUGGUGACGAUGAGCAAUGGUGUCUGGGGUCUGAUUAUGCAGUUCACAAUCCCCUAUAUGAUCAACCCCGAUGCCGGACACCUUGGCGGCAAGGUUGGCUUCAUCUUUUUCGGCCUGGGUCUGAUCGUAUCCGUUCUCGGAUGGUUCCUUUAUCCUGAGACAAAGGGCGUGCGCUUCGAGAAGCUCGAUGAGCUUUAUGCCAAGGGGGUGAAGCCGCGACACUUUAAGAAGUACGAGAACCAGACGGAUAUCGACAACCAAAUUGGCUCCAAGCAAGAGGAGAUUGAGGCAGAGUCCCGGGUCGAGACAAAGAUCGACCACUCGGCGGUGUCGAAAUGA